CACCACUCUCCAAAUCCACUCCCAAGUAUCUCAUAUCUGGAGUUCCAUGGAGACUCGCCUCGCUGACUCGGACCUUAGCCUAACCACCACCACCAACACCGCUGUCGCCGCCGCCGCCAAUUCAGAAAAGGCGUGGCACCUUCUCGCCCUCCUCCUCUCGCUUGGCCGCACCGCUCGCCCCGCCGAGCUCGCCUCCCGGUGCGCCCUCUUCCGCGUCUCCCCCGACUUCAUCGAGUUCCUCUGCUCCGUCCCUGGCUCGCUGCUCCUCUUGACUGGCGAUUUCCAUGUCACUCUCUCUCCACUGGCCCUAACCGCUCUCGCGGAGUUUGUGUCGAAUUCGAAUUUGAGAUCCGCCUUCACCCCGCAGAUCGGGAAUAGGCUAUGGAAUGAUAUCGAUUUCCUGAAAGUCUACUCUAGGAAGCGCAAGCCGAGUACGUCUUUGAUUCCUGAGCUUGCGCCGGUGCCCAAAAGGAUAGCCAAUUGCGAUUCCGGAGCUGCAGAAGAAGAGAGAAAGUCGUGGUUAUGUUUACGGAAACCGAUUCAAAAUGUUUGUCCAAAGGUACAGUUUUAUGUGACUGACGAUGUAAGCAGGAGCAUAAAUAUGCAGCCAAGUGACAUGUCCGUAAUGGUAGAAGGCGACAUUAGAACAAGCAUAUUUCUGCAAAGGAAGGUGAACAAGCGGAUAAUGGCAUGUGAGCCUGAUUCAGGACCGGCUCUUCCAAAUACCAUUGUGGAUCAUCUGGUUGUGAGCAAAGAUGCUAAAAUAAAUGAGAGAGAAUUUGGAAGUACAAUGAAUAUCAAUGCGACAUGUUGCCUAGAAGAUGCUAAAUAUAGGAAAACUGUUUGUACUCCCAAAGAGAAGCGGCCGUGUAGAAGGGAUCAGACAUCAAUCAGCAUGGCGCAGAAAUUGCAGCGUAACCAUGACAACAGGCACAUUAAGGAAAAAAGGGGGAGCUCUACUUCUGUUUUUCCCAAGGAUCAACAGGAGACAAAAUUACUUCCAAACUUCGAAUUAUAUAAUGUAGAAGAAGAAGAAGGUUCAGGUGGUUAUGGCACUGUUUACAGGGCACGGAGGAAAAGCGAUGGAAUUACAGUUGCAAUUAAAUGCCCUCAUGCUAAUGCUCAUAAGCACCAUGUUAUCAAUGAACUGAAGAUGCUGGAGCGGUUUGGGGGUAAAGACUUCAUUAUAAAAUAUGAAGGUUGUUUCAAGAACGGAAAUUCUGAUUGCUUUGUUCUAGAGCAUGUUGAGCAUGAUAGGCCUGAGGUGUUAAAAAAAGAAAUCAAUGUGUUUCAGCUUCAGUGGUAUGGCUAUUGCAUGUUUAGAGCGCUUGCGAGUCUCCAUAAGCAGGGAAUAGUUCACAGAGAUGUUAAACCUGGCAAUUUCCUUUUCUCUCGUAAGGCUAAUAAAGGUUAUCUUAUUGAUUUUAACCUUGCCAUGGAUUUGCAUCAGAAGUAUGGAAACACUAGCAAGUCAAGGAUGGGGUAUGAUAGAAUGAGUCAUGUUAUGGUUCCUAAUUCAAAAUCUAUAUCUUCAACCACUAAAACUUCGCACGCAGUCUACCGUGAGACACCAAAAGGUUCCAAGUCAAAUUUAGAUCCUAAGAACCUGAAGAGAAAGGCUUUGGGGCAAGCAAAGGUUUGUAAAGACUUGGUUAGUUUGAAUGUAAUCAAAAGUCAAGGUGCAGAUGGCUCAGGCAUAACCUCAGCCAAGGAUGUGACAAGCACCAGGACUCCUUCAACAGAAAGACGGAGGGAACCUAUUCCACGGCAAGGCAGGAAGGAGCUCAUCAGCCUGUUGCAGGAAGCAAUGAGGAGUCCAAAUUACAAAGCACCAAGUGUUCCAGCUCCUAUGAGAAAAAGAGUUGCUGCCUCUCCUAGACAAGUGGAUAGUAACCUUUUCUAUAUUACUCCUAUGCCCCUGCAUUCAACUGUUAUUGAUGUUGCCGGUGCUGGCUCAAUAAAGAAAAAAGGGGAUGGAAAGCAAAAGAGAGAAGGUCCUUGUGUUGGAACCAAAGGAUUCCGUGCUCCUGAGGUCUUGUUCAGAUCUCCACAUCAAGGCCCCAAGGUUGAUAUCUGGUCUGCUGGAGUUACCUUACUAUACCUGAUGAUUGGAAGAACAUCUUUUUUGGGUGAUCCUGAACAGAACAUAAAGGACAUAGCAAAGAUGAGGGGCAGUGAAGAUUUAUGGGAAGUCGCCAAGCUACACAACCGUGAAUCCUCAUUCCCAUUGGAUCUCUAUGAUACACAAUAUUUUCCAUCUAUAAAGCUGCAAGAUUGGUGUGAAACAAACACAAAGAGACCAGAAUUUCUCGAGGUAAUCCCAAGAUCACUCUUUGAUCUUGUGGAUAAGUGUUUAACAGUGAACCCUAGAUUGAGGAUCAGUGCAGAGGAAGCUCUUAACCAUGAAUUCUUUGCUCCAUGCCAUGAAAGCCCGAGAAAGGAGAGGCUGAAAUGUGGAACUAGCCAUUCUUUACAUGGACAAUGCAGCGCCAAACCUGUGCAGAUUUCUGGAGGCCAAUGUUGAUCAACUUACCGGUGGGUCUUUUUUUUUUUUUUUUAAGCCUACAUGUUGAUUAGCUCUUGGCUCUUAGCUUUUUAUGAUAGCAAUUUCUGUUGUAAUAGUGUAAAAUUUCAGAUUUUUUUUUUU